CCCCCACAGUGGGAAGACUGCUUUAGCAGCAAAAAUAGCAGAAGAAUCCAACUUUCCCUUUAUCAAGAUCUGUUCUCCUGAUAAGAUGAUCGGAUUUUCUGAAACAGCCAAGUGCCAGGCUAUGAAGAAGAUCUUUGAUGAUGCGUACAAGUCCCAACUCAGCUGUGUUGUUGUGGAUGACAUCGAGAGGCUCCUAGAUUAUGUCCCAAUCGGACCACGGUUCUCUAAUCUGGUGUUGCAAGCCCUGCUCGUGCUGCUGAAGAAGGCCCCCCCUCAGGGUCGCAAGCUUCUCAUCAUUGGAACCACCAGCCGCAAAGACGUCCUGCAGGGAAUGGAAAUGCUGAAUGCUUUCAGCACGACGAUUCAUGUGCCCAACAUUGCCACAGGGGAGCAGCUGAUGGAGGCUUUGGAGCUCCUGGGUAACUUCAAAGACAAGGAACGCAGCACUAUUGCACAGAAUGUCAAAGGGAAGCCUGUCUGGAUCGGUAUCAAGAAGCUGCUGAUGCUGAUAGAAAUGUCAUUACAAAUGGAUCCUGAGUAUCGGGUGAAAAAAUUCUUGGCUCUUCUGAGGGAAGAAGGAACAGUUCCUUCCCUAGACUGAAGGUGGACCAAGCGCAAGAUCAACAGCUGGAAAAGUGACCAACCUGGAGGAUAUACACUGGGAUCUUUACUCUUCUGUGUUCAACACACUGGACAAAGUGACAUGCUCCCCUGUUUCCGAGAACCCAAUGUGGAAUCUGCAUGUUUAGUGCAAUACAGUAUCUUUAUUCUUCAUCUUUAAUAUACUGAUGUCAUGUGGAAGUGUCUUCUAGAACACUGUGCUUCUGUCUCUGUGCAGGCGAGGCUGCGUUCUCAUUUGAUUUUUAGCAUGGGGGGAAAUGUCCUGUAAGUUUUGAAGCUCACGCUCGCUUGUGUCCAGCUAUGAUAGGCAAGAAAUCCUCAUUUCUGAUAAAACCUGGCAGUCUGUGGUGAAGGUAUAUCAAAGUUCUACUCUGUGUUCUCCUGAUCUGACGAAUGCUUUCUUGUUAUGUCAUCCUGUGCCUCACUGAACACUGAGCCAGGCUGAUAACCUAAAGAGCGCCCGCAAUA